CAUCGGCGUGCCCUCGACAGAUCCCUGGCACGGUCUAACCGGACAUUUCCUCGUAGAAUAUGUCGAUCCCACACAUGCUUACACAUUCUACACUCUCCUGUCCGCCCUUCGCUCCUCCACAGUCUCACUCGUGCCCGUACUUAAGCUCAGUCAUCAAGCCCUGGAAAUCAUCAACAUCUGUCAUCUCCCUCACCCACAGUCACCUACAUCCAAUUUCUCUUCCGUCAUGCCCAGCCACAAGCUCAGAGUUGCCAUCGUUGGUGGAGGUGUCGGUGGAAUGGUCUUUGCCGUUGCGCUAUCACAACAUCCGGACAUCGCCGUCGACAUAUACGAACGCGCACAAGAAUUUACCCAGGUCGGUGCCGGAGUAGGGAUCUGGCCUAGAGCUUUCAGAGUCCUUCAGAAGCUGGGUCGUGGAGUCGAACAGGGGCUCUUGCGAGUGACGCUUAACGAAUGGUCAGAAAAAUAUGAGCCUUCCAUAAUAUUUCGACGAGGUGACCUAUCCAUGGGUCAUGACCUCUUCCAGCUGGUUUCAAAGGGCAACCUCAUGCGUUUCCACCGCGCUGACUUCCACGCCGUUCUUCUCGCUCACCUCGGCCCCUCCAUCACCACCCAUACCUCCAAGCGCCUCGCUUCUUACUCGCAACCUUCGGCUUCACAGCCUAUCACACUUUCCUUCGCCGACGGCACGACGGCGACAUGCGAUCUCCUGAUAGGAGCAGACGGCGUCAGGAGUUCCGUGCGCGCCGCGAUGAUGCGCGACCUCGCUACGGUGCAGCCGCCCCGCGCAGAGGAGUUCCUCUCGUGUGCGGACCCAGUCUGGAGCGGGAUUGUGAGCUAUAGAAUGCUCAUACCGGCGGAGAAGCUCCGUGCGCUGGAUCCGAACCACAGGUCGCUGACGGAGACGGUGCAGUGGUGUGCCAAGGACGGGUUCGUCUUAUCCUACCCAAUCUCCCUCGGGAAAUACGUCAACUUUGUCGGCUUCACGGCGGAUCCCGCUCUUAUGGCCAGCGCAUACUCGGACGACCCGUCGACGCGCCCCAAGUUCCAGGGCGAGUGGGUCCGCCAAGUCAGCGCCGCCGACUUCAAGCGCGUAUUCCCCCAAUUUGAACCCGAGGUCCAGACGCUGCUCGACGUCGGCGAGGGCGGCACGAUCUGGUCUGUGCACGUCACGCGGCACCUCCCGACGAUGUGCUGCGGACGCGUCGCGCUCAUUGGCGACGCCGCGCACGCGAUGAUGCCGUUCCAAGGCUCUGGUGCUGGACAGGCGAUUGAGGACGCGUAUCUCCUCGCGUCGUUGCUCGGGCACCGCACGACCGACGGAUCGCCGCAGGCUAUUCAGAAGGCGCUGGCGGUGUACGACCACGUGAGGAGGCCGUAUAGCGCAGACGUGGCGAGGAGGUCGCAGUACAAUGGCCGGCUGUACACCUUCAAUGCGGACUUCGGGCCGGAGGACCCGAGGAAGAUGCAGGAUGUGAUGACGCGCGGGUGGGAGUGGGCCUGGGAGACUGAGCUGGAUGGUGAUAUCAGGAGGGCGAUCGAUAUGCUGGAAAGUGGGGCAAGGGCCACGGCAUGA